AUGCCCCGCCCAACCAUCACCACCACCACCACCACCCUCUCCCUCCUCACCCGCACAAUCCGACAAUCCUCCACCUCCACCUCCGCCUCGACCAAAUCGCUCACCCCCCGACAACCCAUCUACUUUGGUCCCAACGUCUACUGGGGAAAAGCGUGGAAGAAUGUGUACGGGACUGGGUUGCUUUACGUCCCCGUCGUUGCCGCAGUCAUGUUUUGGCCCGUUCCAAUUGCGCCAAUGAUGAAUUUUUCAAAGGGGGUUAAGAAGGAGGGUGUGGUUGCUUGA